UAGCGGGGCCCCAAGUCCGGAUGACGUGCCGGGAAGGGGGGUGGGGGUCACGUGGCCCACGGGCGGCGAGACUCCGGCCCAGGGCGCCCCUCGGCUGCUGGCUCCCGGGAUCGCUAUCCCUUGCCCCUCUCGCGUGCUGCAUGGCUUCCGUCUAGUGCAUUGCCUCCAAGUGCGCCUUCGCCAGGUGCCUCUGGACGCGCCAGGCUGGGGCUACCUCCGAGCGCCCCGUGGGGGCCAUGGAUGGCGAGACAGCAGGGGAGAAGGGGAGUCUUGUGCCCCCGCAGGGUGCCCUCGGUGGACCCACCUCGGGCGGUGCUCAGGCGCUAGGUGUACGACGAGAGCCCAAGAAGUACGCGGUGACCGACGACUACCAGCUCUCCAAGCAGGUGCUGGGCCUGGGUGUGAACGGCAAGGUGCUGGAGUGCUACCAUCGGCGCACUGGGCAGAAGUGUGCCUUGAAGCUCCUGUAUGACAGCCCCAAGGCCCGGCAGGAGGUGGACCACCACUGGCAGGCCUCGGGCGGCCCCCACAUCGUGCGCAUCCUGGACGUGUAUGAGAACAUGCAUCAUGGCAAGCGCUGCCUCCUCAUCGUCAUGGAAUGCAUGGAAGGUGGUGAGCUGUUCAGCCGGAUUCAGGAGCGUGGUGACCAGGCUUUCACUGAGAGAGAGGCUGCAGAGAUUAUGCGGGACAUUGGCAGUGCCAUCCAGUUCUUGCACAGCCAGAACAUCGCCCACCGAGAUGUCAAGCCUGAAAACCUCCUCUAUACAUCCAAGGAGAGAGAUGCUGUGCUUAAGCUCACUGAUUUUGGCUUUGCCAAGGAAACCACCCAAAAUGCCCUGCAGACACCCUGUUACACUCCCUAUUACGUGGCUCCUGAGGUCCUGGGUCCCGAGAAAUACGACAAGUCAUGUGAUAUGUGGUCCCUGGGCGUCAUCAUGUACAUUCUUUUGUGUGGAUUCCCACCCUUCUACUCCAACACCGGCCAGGCCAUCUCUCCAGGAAUGAAGAGAAGGAUUCGCUUGGGCCAAUAUGGCUUCCCUAAGCCUGAGUGGUCAGAGGUCUCUGAAGAUGCCAAGCAGCUAAUCCGCCUGCUCCUGAAGACAGACCCCACAGAGAGGCUGACCAUCAUGCAGUUUAUGAACCAUCCUUGGAUCAAUCAAUCAAUGGUGGUCCCACAGACCCCACUCCACACAGCUCGGGUACUACAGGAAGACAAAGAUCACUGGGAUGAUGUCAAGGAGGAGAUGACCAGUGCCCUGGCCACCAUGCGGGUGGACUAUGACCAGGUGAAGAUCAAGGACCUGAAGACCUCUAACAAUCGGCUCCUCAACAAGCGGAGGAAAAAACAAGCAGGCAGCUCCUCAGCCUCACAAGGAUGUAACAACCAGUAGCUCACGGGGAGCCAGAGUGACAGACUGUGGUGUUCCGAGGAGGCUCUGGCCAGGAAGGGCCAGAGUCAUUUUUAUAACAAAAAGAUAAUUUUGUUGUCUUAAUGUGUCACAUUGAACUUGAGGAUAAAGAGCUUGGCCCAAGGGUCCCAGCCUAAGCUCAGACCCUAGAAAGCGUCUGGGCCCCCGGGAUGGGGAGCCCUCUGCUACAGCAGAAGCAACUUUGGCCACUGUGGCUUUGAGUGAGGCCACGGGUCUUCUACUUUAGCAAUUGGUCUUACUUCUAGGCCACUGGGAGUUGUGGCAGACCUACCUUAUUUCUACAGAGACACAUCCUGCUGUGUGGGCAGAUGGGUCUGGCCUUGAGAAACAUAUCUGACCAUUGGUUGCUAUGGUGACCAGAGGCCAUGUUGCUGUCUAUGAAUACUGAACAAAGGAGGAAGGAGGGAAAUCAGGAACCUACCUUCUUGGGGAGGUUUUUUUCUCUCACACUGGAUGCCCCUCCCCAGCCUCACUUCUGUUUGGUCUGCCAGAGGCUGUAUAGUCCAGCUUGCUUAUUUCUCGGUAGCACCAGCCCACAGACAGUCCGCUAGAGUCCCUGAGGCUAAGAAUCCCGUCACUGCCCCCUAAUCCCAAAGGUAGCUUCUCAUCUCAAUUGAAGGUGUGCGUAUGCAUGUUGGGGAGGUGGGUAUCCUUAACCUUUUUCCAUUUUGGAAAACAUCACUGUGACGAAAGCCCCCGUCUCUUCCCGCUCACCAGAUCUCAGGUAGGAAGAAGUCCCUCUCUGCUGAUUGCCAGGGCUAUUCUGGGGAUACUUGGCUCCCUGUUUUCCGAGACCUCGUUUUCUACUGGAGAUCAGACCCGAAAUGAUGAUGGGCUGACGAGCUACGCUCACGAGGUCUGAUCCCGACUCUAGCAUGAGUCAGAUCAGAGAGGGUCCUUCUUGGCUGACCCCAGACUUAGCCAGCUCUGCCCUGCCAUGUGCCAGGGUAGCCUCCAGGUGCUGAGUGUUUGAUAGAUGACCUGACAAGUGCCUGGCAUUCAGCCUUGUUCCUAGAUCCCGGUCUUUCUCACAGGCUGGGAAACCUAGCUCAUAACAGCUAGGACAAUACUGCUGGACUUUCUAUCCAGAUAUUA